GUUCUAUCAAAUUGUAAUACUGGGACAUGUUUUCCGGGAAGCUUAAUUCACUCAUAUGUGUGCGCAUAGAGAACGGAUCUCCUGCUAUCUGAGCUGGACAAACAGCAAGCCUUUGAUACUAAAUCUGGGAGUGAAUUGCAUGAUCGAAGCACAAUUUUAACUGAACCGUUUCAUUGGAGAAAGAAGUACUAGUACUGGACUGAUUUGGAUCUCAGUUUGAGCGGUUUUGAUAUAGGGCGUGGCUGGAUCAAGCUCUCAAGAUGCACACCCUACAGGUUCUUAGCUUCAUACUCCUGGUGGUGGCUCUGAGUGGGGUGACUGAAGCAAGCCGCCGUCAUACAUACCGCAAUAGACGACAAAUCUCAUGGAGACCAAACUUUCGAGUUCCAACGGUUAGGGUUCCCAAGCGCCCGAUACCGCAAAUACCGAAUAUCCGUAUACCAGAAGUGAAAAUUCCUGAGAUUCGGAUCCCUGAUGUAAAGCUUCCGGACUUUCGAAUUCCCGACGUUAAAAUUCCAGACAUCAAGGUCCCAGAAAUUCCUGAAAUCCAUGUCCCAGACAUUCCAGAUAUCCAUGUCCCAGACGUGCCACGGGUUGAAGUAUCAGACUUCCCAGUCCGAGAAUUUCAUGACACAUUGAGGCCUGUAUCGGAAUGGUUUCGUCAACUCAGUAAUAGAAGAUUCAACCCCUCCUUCUCGAGACAUAACGGAGGGGACUGGAAGUUGACAUGGGGAUGGUUCAACAAACCCGAGGUGAGGCCAGAGGUCAAACCAAGACCUGGACCAGUCCACCCGGACGCAGGGAUUGGAGGUCGAGGAGAAGGUGGAGACCGUUUUGGAUCGAGAGUUGGAUGGCCAUUUCGAGAUAUGGAUGGUGGAGCAGGGGCAAUGAACCCAAGAUGGCAACCAGGGAGUUGGCAUACCCCUAUGAGACCAAUGUUUCCAAGACCCGGACCCAGUGAUACCUUCUUCCAUACCUUCCGGGAUACCUUCCCCGACAGACAACAUCAUCCUCAUCACAUUCCUCAUCACCCCAUUGCUCAACCUCCUCACCGGCCUGGUGGCGCUGGUCCUUCCUAUGACUCCCUCUGCCAUGGGCGCCACUAUUCUGCACGUCGCUACGAGUCUAGUACGUGGGUCAGUGCAACCGUUGUGAACGGUACGAGCAUGGAUGUCCUCAGGCGUAUAAAGGAAUACUUCAAUGGCGCAAAUGACCAAGUGCGUAUCAUGUUGAUGUCCCGACCGCUGAGGAUGACCGUGACAGGUGUGAACGGAACCAUCAGUGAUACCGAAGAUACAGUGGAAGAAUUCAGACUCUCUGCACUGGUACCAACUGGUAAUCAGAGGGCGCCAAUGCCGACCGACCCUAUGCUGAAUAUCAGCUCCGAGCCACGACAGGUGUAUUUUGCUACACACUUUCGCCUCCACCGCCGGCCUGGCACUCUCGCAAUUUACGAUGAGUUCUUCCAGCUGCAGGACGCAACCGAUUUGGCUGGAGAAUUAUUUGAACAUGGGAUAUACCACACUGCAUUCUAUGAAACGUGGGCUGACAUCGCGACUGGAUCUACGAGACCCCAGCCUGGUGAGAUCCUCAUCCCUGCAGCUUCGGGAGAGAGCUUGGUCUGCACUCGCCAAGAAACACCAAGUCCGCAGAAUGGAAUAGAGCAAUGUGGAGAAUCGCGAUGCCCUACUUACGAGCACCUCGAUCAGCUACGAGACGAUGUAGAGCUACGACGGAUCAAGGGUGGCACAUACAUCACCAGGACAGCCCCCGCCUGCACCAUGGUGCUGCCUGCAUUCGUUUCUCACUGCUCGUUAAAGAGAUACCUCGCAGGUGCCAACAGCGAGGGGCAGCGCUACCCAUCUCCUGCACCCUUCAUCCACUACGUCUUCCCGUCUCGCCUGGCUACAAGUCUCUGUAAACUGACCGCCAUCUCUGCCUACAUGCUGCCACCUAACACCACCGCUGCUGAGCCAACCGAGUAUUCUAGCUCGAAUAGGAGAGAUAUGAGGAUCAGGACGAUUCCUGACAUAGAGGCUUUCGUCCUCAAGUUCGGCGGCCGACCGAACCAAAGAACUGUGGAAAGCAAAGUCGAUGAACUUCGGGACUUCCUUGGACGCCAGGGCCUGGGGCACUGCUUAGUGAGAGAUAAAUAUGCAGUUGCCGUUUACGAUCACCCAUUCAACCGACCUCCAUACCUCAACGAGAUUCUAGUUUUCAAGAAAGUCGGGCCAUGCCGAUCUAGCGAUUUUAAUGGAACCAUCACGGAUGAUGUACCGGAAGAAGACUCUGUCGAUUCAACUGUUCCGACUUCGUCGACGUCAAGGAUGACCACGGAGUCACCAAGAACAGAGCCGAUAUUGUUUGAGGAAGAGUUCGAGCCUUCGACUACGAUGGCAGCGGUAGAUGAAACGACGAGUGUUCGAAAGACAACACCGGAGCCCGAUCGAGUGUCUACUAGCGCUACGACCACGCAGAGCAAUCCGCUGAUCGAAAUCAACUUGACCCUGGAAUCAAACAGUGUUGAACUGGAUAGAGAUCUCAUCCCCUACCGAUUUAGCGGGAAUCAAACAGAUUUUCCAGAGGAUUUUCCGGUCGAUAUUUUCGUUUUCUAGGCAAAUAUCCUACGCUGUGAGGCCAUUGUGAACUUACGGGAGAUAAACGCCGUCAGAUUGGGACAUUGUAUCGAACCACACUAAUUUCUUAUACCAUCGACUUUGAAAAAGGCUACAUGCUAAUUUUUUAGAAUGUCAUAUAUAUUCUGUGAUAUUGAAUCGCUCGUGUAAGAUCGUAUUGUGUUUAAUCUUGUUUCAUGAUUUCUUCACCGUUUUAUUAUCCAAAUUAGGCAAUUGUUAUGUUUUAGUCAGAGAUACCCUAUUAAGCUGUAAUGUUAUACUUUAACGUAAAGAAAAUGGGAAACAGACAUUCCUAGAUUUUUCAGGAUGUCGGGAACGUUAUACGUUCACAUGCAUCUAAAAUUUUACGGAUUUCCCCUUGUACUCAAAACAAAAUAAGAGCCACCUGCAUUUACGCAUAUUUAGUAUUUUACUUGUGUACAUGAAAUUGUAACAAACAUGUAUUUGUUUGUUUUGUUUUUAAAAAAAAGCAAUAUACUGUAGGAUGUGUAAUGAUAUUCACAGAUAUAAAAACAAGUUUGACAGGAGAAACUAGUUCGGGUGUAUAGAUACAAUAGAGUGAAAUCUGAUCCUUGCCUGUUUACGUUCAAUUAAUGAAUGGUUUUUAAAUGUUAAGACUUUAAGUACUAUCAAUAAUUGGUUUAUUGAUUCCGUAUCGUAGCCAACUCUGAACGAUAUGAAAUCAAAAUUCAGUUUUUAUUCAAUUCGUCAAUAUGAUUAACUACCAACAUGUCAUAGUGAACUUGUAUACAUCAAUAUAUCAUAUUUAGCCAUACUUAAAUACAUUUGUACCCAUUAAACACUUAACAAUCAUCA